UUAUUCAAAACAAAAUAUCUAUUUGGUUCAGAUUUAAAAAAAAAAAAAAAAAUCUAUUUGGUUAGAAAAAUAGGACUUAUUUUGCCUCUUGGCUGAAAUCGUUCUAGGGUUUUACUUCUCUCCAAUUCAACUUUCUCUUCGCCCCCGGAAUCCUCCAGAGCUCAUCAACAUGGCUAGUACCAAGGUCCAGAGGAUUAUGACCCAACCCAUUAACCUGAUUUUCAGGUUUCUUCAAAGUAAAGCUCGCAUUCAGAUAUGGCUUUUUGAGCAGAAGGAUCAGAGAAUUGAAGGCCGAAUCAUUGGCUUUGAUGAGUACAUGAACUUGGUUCUUGAUGAUGCUGAGGAAGUCAAUGUCAAGAAGAAAACCAGAAAGUCCUUAGGAAGGAUUCUUCUUAAAGGAGACAAUAUUACUCUGAUGAUGAACACAGGGAAAUGAUGUCACCCGGCAAUUAUCGAGGCCGCGUUGCGUUUCAAUCUGGGAGGCCUUGUUUUGAGCUAUGUAGUGUGUAGUGCUACAUUAAACACUAAAACAUGCUUUUUUGGACCGACUGUAGGGUUAAAUGUAGUUAGAUAUGAAUGUUGAAGUUCAAAUGGUGAUUUGUCUUUUUCAACUUGGCAAUAUCCCCAAGUGUUGCAUUAAUAUUGCAAUGCUUGGUUGGAUAAGACAUGGACAAUUUGUACAAUUUGAUGCAUCUUUUUGGAGGCUGGAUGAAAUAUGCUGCUCCUAAUUGCUUUGCA